UGGGGAUAGAGUCCGAAACCCAGGCAUGUGCCCUUCAGUCUGUAGGCUGACGCUCUAUCCACUGAGCCUAACCAGCGAGGGCUCUAAAUGCCUACUUUUAAUGACUCUGCCCACCCGGCCCUCCAGGCAGGCUCUUGUAGAGAAAGGUGCUCCCCACAAGGUCCUCCCUCCAGGAAGGACAGAGGGCCCGUGUGGGGGUAAGUGGGCCCGAAUCUCUCUCCCUCUCUCUCUCUCUCUCUCUCACGCGCACACACACACACACACACACACACACACGCACAGAUGCACACGCACGCAUGCACACACACACGGCCCCAAGUGAGCCCAGAGGCCUGCCUGGCUGCUCCCACUCACGCCUCACCCUGCACCUCCCUCCAGACAAUGAGCUUCCAGGUGACAGGCCUGGGCCUGGACAAGAUGAAGCUGGACAGUCCCCAGUCCUUCCUGGACCAGGAGGAGGUGGAGGAGGCUGAGGACCGGCAGCUGCUGGAGCCGGAGGCUUGGAGGACCUACACAGCACGCCGCAACGCGCUGCGGGAGUUCCUGACCUGCGACCUGAGCGCCCACCUGCUGAAGCGCCACCACGCCCGCAUGGAGCUGCUGCGGAAGUGCUCCUACCACAUCGAGAUCCUGCCCAAGCACCUGGCCCUGGGCGACCAGAACCCGCUGGUGCUGCCCAGCACCAUGUUCCAGCUCAUCGACCCCUGGAAGUUCCAGCGCAUGAAGAAGGUGGGCACCGCGCAGACCAAGAUCCAGCUCCUGCUGCUCGGAGACCUGCUGGAGCAGCUGGACCGCGGCCGGGCCCAGCUGGAUGCCCUGCUCGAGUCGCCCGACCCGCGGCCCUUCCUGGCGGGGUGGGCGCUGGUGGAACAGCGGCUGGCAGACCUGGCGGCCGUCAUGGACAACUUCCUGGCCAUGAUGGUGCCGGGGCGCCUGCACAUCAAGCACCGCCUGGUGUCUGACGUGGGCGCCACCAAGAUCCCGCACAUCCGGCUCAUGCUCAGCACCAAGAUGCCCGUCAUGUUCGACCGCAAGGAGUCGGUGGCCCACCAGGACUGGGUGGCCCUGCGCUGGUUCGUCACCAUCCAGCCCGCGGUGCCGGAGCAGUUCGAGCUACGCUUCAAGCUGCUGGACCCACGGACACAGCAGGAGUACCUGCAGCGCGGGAUCAUCCCCGUGGCCGCCUGCACCUUCAACGUCCACAACCUGCUGCCCAACCGCGUCUACAAGUUCACCGUCAAGAGGGCGGAGAGCUACACGCUGGUCUACGAGCCCUGGCGGGACAGCCUCACUCUGCAGACCAGGCGGGGGCUGCCUGAAGGGCCUCGCCCCCGGCGGCUGGGCAAGCCGGGCUGCCCCUGACCGCAGCUUCCAGAGAUGGUUUUCUAGUAUUUAUCCACUAAUAAAGAGGAGUAUAACGCACACACAGCUGGAGAAGCACACUGCUUACGUCCUGCGGGCAGCGGCAGCCCAUGGUGUUUUUCCUGACUCGGCCC